UUGGAGGCAGUAUAUAUAGCACAGAGCAUUGACGACCCUCCCCCCCCAACCUUUUUACUGCAUAUCAUGUAUAAAUAGACAAGGCUUGAUGUGCAUCUGAUGGAUUAAUGGGUCCUGUGACCUCGAAGGGUUGUCUGGUCUUGGUUUAGGAAUCACUGGUUAAAACAACGUGCUUUUGUUUCUAAUGAUGGUGGAGCCAGGGCAAGAUUUACUGCUUGCUGCUUUGAGUGAGUGUGGAAUUAGUCCAAAUGACCUCUUUGAUAUUGAUGGUGGAGAUGCGGGGCUUGCAACUCCAACACCUACCCCUUCGGUUCACCAGUCAGUGCCACUUAGUACGUUAGAACUAGGUUUGGAGACUGAAGCAGCAGUUCCUGUUAAACAAGAACCAGAGACGGCACCUACUCCAGCGCUGCUAAACGUCAGGCAACAGCCUCCAUCGACCACAACAUUUGUGCUGAAUCAAAUAAAUCAACUUCCGACUUUGGGAUCUACAAUUGUAAUGACUAAAACACCACCUGUAACAACAAACAGGCAAACCAUCACUUUAACAAAGUUUAUCCAGACCACUGCAAACACACGCCCCACGGUCUCAGCACCAGUAGUACGGAAUGCCAUGACCCCCGCGCCUUCAAAGGACCAGGUUCAACUGAAGGACCUUCUGAAAAAUAAUAGUCUGAAUGAACUCAUGAAGUUAAAGCCACCGGCCAAUAUUGCACAGCCAGUCGCAACAGCAGCUACUGAUGUAAGCAAUGGUACAAUAAAAAAAGAGUCUUCUAACAAAGAAGUAGCAAGAAUAUGGAUAAAUGACAUGAAAAUGAGGAGUUUUUCCCCAACCAUGAAGGUUCCUGUUGUAAAAGAGGAAGAUGAACCGGAGGAAGAAGACGAGGAAGAAAUGGGUCACGCAGAAACUUAUGCAGAGUAUAUGCCGAUAAAGUUAAAAAUUGGGCUACGUCACCCAGAUGCUGUGGUGGAAACUAGUUCUUUAUCCAGUGUUACUCCUCCUGACGUUUGGUACAAAGCCUCCAUUUCUGAAGAAACCAUUGACAAUGGCUGGUUAUCAGCAUUACAGCUUGAAGCAAUUACAUACGCAGCCCAGCAACAUGAAACAUUCCUACCUAAUGGAGAUCGUGCUGGCUUCUUAAUAGGUGAUGGUGCUGGUGUAGGAAAAGGGAGGACGAUAGCAGGAAUCAUCUAUGAGAAUUAUUUGUUGAGUAGGAAAAGAGCAUUGUGGUUCAGUGUUUCAAAUGAUUUAAAGUACGAUGCUGAAAGAGAUUUGAGGGACAUUGGAGCAAAAAACAUUUUGGUCCAUUCAUUAAAUAAGUUUAAGUAUGGAAAAAUUUCUUCCAAACAUAACGGGAGCGUGAAAAAGGGUGUUAUUUUUGCUACCUAUUCUUCUCUUAUUGGUGAGAGUCAGUCCGGUGGUAAAUAUAAAACGAGGUUAAAACAGCUUCUGCAUUGGUGUGGCGAUGACUUUGACGGAGUGAUAGUGUUUGAUGAAUGUCAUAAAGCAAAAAACUUAUGUCCUGUUGGUUCUUCAAAGCCAACCAAGACAGGCUUAGCCGUUUUAGAGCUUCAGAACAAAUUGCCAAAAGCAAGAGUUGUUUAUGCUAGUGCCACUGGUGCUUCUGAACCACGAAAUAUGGCCUAUAUGAACCGUCUUGGAAUAUGGGGUGAAGGAACUCCAUUUAGAGAAUUCAGUGAUUUUAUUCAAGCAGUGGAACGGAGAGGUGUUGGUGCCAUGGAAAUAGUUGCUAUGGAUAUGAAGCUUAGAGGAAUGUACAUUGCUCGACAGCUGAGCUUUACUGGAGUGACCUUCAAAAUUGAGGAAGUUCUUCUUUCUCAGAGCUAUGUAAAAAUGUAUAACAAAGCAGUCAAGCUGUGGGUCAUUGCCAGAGAGCGGUUCCAGCAAGCUGCGGAUCUGAUUGAUGCUGAGCAGCGAAUGAAGAAAUCCAUGUGGGGCCAGUUCUGGUCUGCUCACCAGAGGUUUUUCAAAUACUUGUGCAUAGCAUCCAAAGUUAAGAGGGUUGUGCAGCUAGCUAGAGAAGAAAUCAAGAAUGGAAAAUGUGUUGUAAUUGGUCUGCAGUCUACAGGAGAAGCCAGAACCUUAGAAGCCUUGGAAGAGGGCGGAGGAGAACUGAAUGAUUUUGUUUCAACCGCCAAAGGAGUGUUGCAGUCACUCAUUGAAAAGCACUUCCCUGCUCCAGACAGGAAAAAGCUUUAUAGUUUGCUGGGAAUCGAUUUGACAGCUCCAAGUAACAACAGUUCACCAAGAGAUAGUCCUUGUAAAGAAAACAAAAUGAAGAAGCGAAAAGGUGAAGAAAUAACUCGAGAAGCCAAAAAAGCACGAAAAGUAGGUGGCCUUACUGGUAGCAGUUCUGAUGACAGUGAGAGUGAGUCUGAUGCCUCUGACAACGAGGAGAGUGACUACGAGAGCUCUAAAAACAUGAGUUCCGGUGACGAUGACGACUUCAACCCAUUCAGAGAAGAAUCCAGCGAGGGCGACGAAGACGAUCCUUGGUUAAUCAGAAAAGAUCACAAGAAGAACAAAGAUAGAAAAAAAAAGAAAAGUAUAGAUCCAGAUUCUAUUCAAAGUGCCUUAUUAGCAUCAGGUCUUGGAUCAAAACGACCUAGUUUUUCGUCUACACCAGUUAUUUCGCCGGCUCCUAACAGUGCACCAGCUAACAGUAACACCAACAGUAACAGUAGCCUUAUAACAAGUCAGGAUGCCGUGGAAAGAGCCCAGCAGAUGAAGAAAGACCUACUUGAUAAGCUAGAAAAACUGGCUGAAGACCUCCCUCCUAACACCCUGGACGAACUUAUUGACGAGCUUGGUGGCCCUGAGAAUGUUGCUGAGAUGACUGGCCGCAAGGGGAGGGUUGUAAGUAAUGAUGAUGGGAGCAUAUCUUAUGAGUCAAGAUCUGAACUUGACGUCCCUGUGGAGAUACUAAAUAUCACGGAAAAACAAAGAUUUAUGGAUGGAGAUAAGAAUAUCGCCAUCAUUUCAGAAGCUGCCAGCUCAGGUAUUUCAUUACAAGCAGAUCGGAGAGCCAAAAAUCAGAGGCGACGAGUUCACAUGACUUUGGAGCUGCCCUGGAGUGCUGAUAGAGCCAUUCAGCAAUUUGGACGAACUCAUAGAUCAAACCAAGUUACUGCUCCCGAAUAUGUCUUUCUGAUUUCGGAAUUGGCAGGAGAACAAAGAUUUGCAUCUAUUGUUGCUAAAAGACUUGAGAGUUUGGGAGCACUAACACAUGGUGACAGAAGAGCAACAGAAUCCAGAGAUCUGAGCAGGUUCAACUUUGACAAUAAGUAUGGAAGAAAUGCAUUAGAAAUUGUCAUGAAAUCCAUUGUAAACCUAGAUUCUCCGAUGGUAUCACCACCUCCAGACUAUCCUGGAGAAUUCUUUAAAGAUGUUCGACAAGGACUGAUAGGAGUUGGCCUGAUAAAUGUAGAAGACCGCUCAGGCAUUCUCACUCUGGAUAAAGAUUAUAACAACAUAGGGAAAUUCUUAAAUAGAAUUUUGGGCAUGGAGGUGCAUCAACAGAAUGCAUUAUUUCAGUAUUUUGCGGACACUCUCACUGCAGUUGUUCAAAAUGCAAAAAAAAAUGGAAGAUAUGAUAUGGGAAUCUUAGAUCUUGGUUCUGGAGAUGAAAAAGUGAGGAAAAGUGAUGUUAAGAAGUUUUUGACUCCUGGAUAUUCAACUUCAGGUCAUGUAGAGUUAUACACAAUAAGUGUAGAGAGGGGAAUGUCCUGGGAGGAAGCUACCAAGAUUUGGGCUGAGCUGACAGGACCUGAUGAUGGCUUUUACUUGUCAUUGCAGAUAAGGAACAACAAGAAGACAGCCAUCUUAGUUAAAGAAGUGAACCCAAAAAAGAAGCUCUUCUUGGUUUAUAGACCAAAUACUGGGAAACAGCUCAAAUUAGAAAUUUAUGCUGAUCUAAAGAAGAAAUAUAAAAAGGUAGUUUCGGAUGAUGCCCUGGUUCACUGGUUAGAUCAGUAUAAUUCAUCUGCAGACACUUGCACUCAUGCGUAUUGGCGCGGCAAUUGCAAAAAAGCAAGCUUGGGAUUAGUUUGUGAAAUAGGUCUUCGUUGCCGCACGUAUUAUGUAUUAUGUGGCUCAGUACUGAGCGUCUGGACAAAAGUUGAGGGUGUUUUAGCAUCUGUCAGUGGCACAAACGUGAAAAUGCAGAUAGUUCGGCUAAGAACAGAGGAUGGACAGCGGAUUGUAGGUUUGAUCAUCCCUGCAAAUUGUGUGGCUCCUCUUGUAAAUCUCCUGUCAACUUCAGACCAGUCCCAGCAGCUCGCGGUCCAACAGAAACAGCUCUGGCAGCAGCGCCACCCCCAGAGCAUCGCCAGCCUGAGCAACGCGUGAGAGCAGACAGGUCCCAGCGUGGCUGCUUCUGAAACGCUGUCACAGCGUGUCGUUUGCAUAAAAAUCAGGGACAGUUUCCAAAGAAUUAUACUUUUUUUCAGUUGUGCUCUCUCUAGUUAAUUUUUUGGGGGAAUAAGGACAAACCUGGAAUAGAUAGCAAAACUGAAAUCAACGUGCCGAUGGUGGCGCACGCCUUCUUCUGUUCAGCCGCGGUCCUCCCGCAUGCUUCUGCUGGGGCAGAGGGUGUGUGCGUGCGUGUGUCCGUCUGUCUGUCUGUCUGAGUUUGUUAAAGGCCACGAACCACAGUUGGUUUAAAAAGGCUUGGAACUUCCCUUACUGGCUUUCCUUAAUGUUCCACAGUGCUCAGGGUUACCGCAGGACACCCAUGCUCUUGCUGAGGGAGUUAUCCCCAGAUGCAUGUGUUUUGGGUCUAUAAAUAUAGAAAAUAUAUAUUGGUUUCUUUUCCAACUUACUAAACACUAGGUUUAUUAAAGCAUGAAAUGAAAGGUUGCACAUCACACAUUCAGGUUCUUUUCUAGUUUCUGUUCUGACAGUGCAUGUCUUUUGAAAGCAUGCGUAAACAAGAUUAAAAGAUGUCACGUGACAGAGAGAAACAUUUGUAGGUGUGUAGCAUCGGUCACUGCAGUUUUACCAUGUUUAUACCUGGUUAUUGCUUCUAACCCUGUGACCCCUUCCUCCCCAGCCCCAUUCUCCCUGCCCCAGGUUUCUUGUUAAGGUGAUAAGUACAGACAUUUUCUUUGUGAUAAAACUCUUAAAAAGUUAAUUUUAAUGUAUUAAUAGUAUUCCUAAUGAGUGCUGCAAAAACGGCUAUAAGCCCGCUUUUCUCAAAAUUCCAUUUUCCUUAACUUAAGAUAGUUUUAGAAAGAAGUACAAAUCAGCUUCCAUUUUGCAAACCAUCUUUUUUUACUUAUUAUCUUACUAUGUUGGUCACUCAUAAAAAAGGAAACCGUACUUGAGCUGUAAAGUAGACAGUGAGGAAACACUUGAGGCUUCUGCUGUGUUUAUUUCUUGUUAUUGUUGUUACCCAGUAACUUGAAUAUUGUUUAAUGUGUUGUAAGACAUUGUAGAGUUUAUCUCAAGCUGUUAAAAAUGGUAAUGUACAAAUGUGAAUAGACACUUAUCUAUAAUAUGGAUAAGUUUCGUUUCGCCUAUAAUAGAUGUUUUAUAAAAACAAGUGAGGGGACAAUUGGUCUUUUUGUUUCCCUUUUUUUUUUUUCUUGCACAGGUUGCACUAUUAAAACAUUGAGAUUGUAUAAACCUGGUCGAAAGCUGCAGGAUACACCAUCUUGCAGAUGUGAAAUAAAAGUUGUUAUCCUAACCAGCAGUGGACUCUUGUUUAGGCCCUCACCACCUGCAGGCGCAGUCCGAUGGGUUCUGCAGAGCUCCGAGGGUGCUCAGCACGUUCUGGCUUAACACCCACCCUCCAGGUGAGACAGUGCUGAGGAAGGGGUGAGCCCGCUAGUGCCUCUGAACGCUUCUCCAGUUGCAUUGCUUUCCUGUGCUACUUUAGACCUCUCAGAAUCAGGUGAGGUGGAUGAGAAGGGAUGAAAAGCUGGGCUUUUGUCUUUGUUUCUUUCCAGUCAUGUCUAGUUCCGUUGUGUCAGGUUUACCACAGGUUGGCUUUCUUUGGAUUCAUUCAUUCCUGAUGCGUAAAAGAACAGAUGGAGAAAGACUUCUGUUCUCUGGCACGGUUUGCCCAGUGGGUGCGACUUUCAUCUCCAGUGUAGUCCUCCAUCUCAGGCAGUGGUCCACGUGAAUGUCUGCCAGUGUCCCUUGUGGCGGCUGCUCGACCCAGCUGGCAGCCAAGAGCAGAAUUGUUCCACCUGCAAGAGUGCUCCCAGGUGUCCGUUUUUAAACCAGCGGCUCAGUCAGCUCUGCGCACAUGCUAAGGUGAAGUAGAGCUGAGUUCAGGAAGCUUAACGAACUGCCCACGCCAGUGAGGCAACUGCAUGGCUGGGCAGGAAGACAGACUCUCAGAGGCUGUUGGCCAACUUCCCUUUUGUGCACAUGGGGGUCUUGAGAAGGUGAUGGUGUUUUCCAGGCAGCGUCUUUAUGAGGAUUCUUUAGCCUGCAAUUAGUUGACCCCCACAGUUUACGAUGUAAUGUUUGCUCUUGGAAUAGCUACCUGAUGCAAAGGGGUGUAGGUGGAUGUUAUGUUUUUGGUAGAACAGCUUUGUUUUGCUUUUUAAAAAUAAGGUCCAAUAAUAAGGCCUCUGAAUACUCUUAUUAGACCUCAAAAAGUCACCUUUUCAUAAAAAGUGGAUGGGGAACUGAGGUGCCCUGUGCUCCUGCCCUGCAUGGGGUGGUGUGCCAGAGCCUGCUUCCCAUCCCCCUUCCUGGAGGAGAGCAUAUGACCUUUACACUGUGCCCUUAGCCAAGUCAGCAAGUUCAGGUUGGCCAACAUGGGGAACCCAGCAUUCAAGGUCCUCCUCUGUCAGAAAACCAGGUCUCAGCAACAGCUGGCUUCCUUAAAGCAGGCCUACGUAUUUCAGGCUCUGAGUGCCUCGUCUGAACCCAGGGGCUCUGCUGAACCCCAUGGGAGUCCGUUUGGCCUCUGCAACGCCUUCUCUCCCGUUUAGCAAUACGGCUCUGAGCACAAAGAUUUGAUUGUAAGUACGUUAGUUUAUUCAGAGUUUACAGUGUCCAGAGCUGCUCAGAUGGUACCUCAGGGGAAUUGGUGUUCCCCUGAUUUAGCAACCUUUGCACCACAAGGUCUGUCAGCAGUUUAGUGGGUUAUCCAGAUAGGCGUCAACAGUGUGAAUUCCUAAAGGUAUACACAAAGCACUUCUUUAAACACAAGUUGAUCAAAAAGUAAAUAUCUUAAGCAGUUUUUCCUCUUUGCUGCUAAGUUGCAGAUACCUUCAUCAAUGUCUUUGCACCCCUUGUAUAUAAGUUAGCAAGAUCUUGUGUCCAAAGCAAUGUAGCAGUGUGUGUGUGUGUGUGUGUGUGUGUGUGUGUGUGUAUUUAUUGCAGUCCAGCUACUUAGCACUCCAGAAACCUUGUUGCAGCAAUACACCUUUUAGUUUUAUUUUGCCUCAUCUGUAAAGGUAAAAGGUACAGAUUUCCAAACUCCUGGGAAAUAUAGUAUUUUAGAGGCAGAGUUUUCUGGCUUGAGCCCUUGGGCAUGUGUGUGCUAAUGGCUAUAGGAGGCUGUUACCCGCAGCAGGCUUGACAGGACUGGGCACCAGGUCAGCAUUUAUAGUGUUGUGACGGGAUCCCUUUCCCUCUGCCUCCACUUUCCAGUUUAGCAGGAGGGAAAGAGCAGUAGACUAGAAAUAAUAAAUGCGUCUCAACUUAAAAAAGUAGGAGCAGAGGCCAGGUAUUUUCCCUUUGGGUCCUUUUCUCAAUACGAGAUUUAAGAGGAAGGUCCCGAUCUAAACACCUUCAUUUUGAAAACAGGCUCGAGUGAUAUUUGAUAGUUCCUACGAAGGGUGCUUCAUGAGAGCCCUGUUGGGCUGGGAUCCAUUUAGCCUAUGUCCUUAGCUCAGGCUUCAAGGUAAGAAUUGGCAGCCACUCUACUUGUCAACGACCCUCCCUGUGCCUGGGGUCUCCCUGGUAGCACCACAUCCGUGCACACACACCGUGCACACUUGGCUGCUCAUAGUCCGUGCAGCUCAGUCCACACAGCUCCCAGUCCAUGCCUGCCGCUGUGAGCAGAGACCAUGCGCAUCAGUUUCCCCAUGGCUGCCAGUGCCGCCGCACAGGUGCACGGGCGGGCAGGACGUACCUGUGGGUCCUGCAGCUCAGGAUGGCAGUCCUUUCUCUGAGCCCUUGCCGCCGAAUCCACAACCCACCUUCUCAUUUAUGCUGUACUUAUAUAUAUGUACAUAAGUGUGUAUGUAUAGCAAUGUCGACUUUUGAAUUCUGAAUGUAAAUAUUUCAUGUAAAUCGGGACCCCCUACCAACUGGUUUCCCCCCUUUCCUGCCUCCCUUUGAUCCUAUUUAUUCUUUUCUUUAUUUCCCAUACUGGGCAUCUUAUAAUUUUUUUUUCUUUUAAUGUAGAAAAGUAUGAAAACUUCUUAGUUGACUUUACUUGACAUAUUUUAGAAUUCAGUUUUACAUCUUUGCUAUGAUUCCAAUGUGUGUUUUGUGUUAAUAUUUUUCAAUAUGCCUGUUUUGCGUUUUUAUUACAAAUUUUUACUGUGUGCAAUGCAUUGUAUUGGGGGGGUGUACUUGAGUGCAAUUUCUGAUACUGUCAUUAUAUGACUCGUUAUGCUCAUUUAUGUUGCUCUUUGGAAGCUAUAGUGAGCCUGAUAUUUUCACAUUAAAAAAGAAAAUUCUUCCCAGGACUUCUUUCAAGCUCCUCUAACUUCUUCAGUGCAUUGGGGAUCAAACGUAGUUCUUUAGUAAACCCCCUUGUUCCCAGCCUUGCAAUUUUUCAACUCUUCAGAUCUGCACUAAAUUCCACAUCUGCAGCUCUUCCAGCUGGGAGAAAGAUCCUGCAGAUCCGAACAGUGAGCUAUGUCCUCUGCUGCUGCAAAUUCCUGUGCUUCUCCAAGACGCCAGGCCUGUCCUUCUGACCUGUGAGUGAUCAUCAGAAAUGUCCUGUGCAGUGAGCACAGGUGAUCUGCUUCUGCCCUCUCCUGUUGGAGAGGUGUAGCAGACAGGGAGACGGGUGACACUGGGCAGGGUACUUGAAGGAGUAGCUAGCUGUCCUCCCAAAGAGCAACAGCACUGCUGUGGAGGCUCCACGAGCCUUCAUCUCAUGGGUGGGUUCUGUGCUGAGAGUAAAGCAGGCAGUUAGCUGAGAAAGGACUCGCCGUAGGGCCCCUGAGCUGUCACUGGCGUUGUACUGGUAACUGCUCCUGACUGAAUCCGCCACCCCCAGGGCUGAGCUGGACCGAGGCUUCUUACGGUCAGUGUUGCCAGCAGGGAGAUCCAGGGUGGCUCCUGAACCCACGUGGUGGGGAUUGUCACCUGAGAGGCAAGCAUUGCUGUUGCAUGCACAGAUUCUGCACCUUGAAGGAAAUGUUUCUCUAACUUUCAGGGAAGAUUGCCGAGAGCAUAUUUUGGGCCUUUCAUUCGCGAACGCGUUUCAUGCAUUACUGUGGAACUUGGUAGAUUUGCUGAAAAUUUCACAGUUGUCUGAGCCGACUAGGUCAUGGAGUGGGGCCUGUCCGAGAAGCGCGGGCAUGAACCCCCUUCCACCCCCGCCGGCUGGCUGACCCUCCUUGCAGCAGCAGCCACAUCCUCUGCAGCAACCUGGCAGGGCACAGGCCAGCCCAGACCGUCCCUUUAGUGUA